AUUUAUGCACCCACACUUUAACUUCAUCACACGCACAUACGAUGAGUCUAGAUCUCAGUUUGAUUUGAUUUGAGUCCGAACGAUAUAAUACACGUGGCGUAUUAUCACUGAGUUUAUCACUUAUGUGGUGAAGACUGUAGAGGACGUUAGGUGUCAACUUGAUAUGGUCAGUAGUUCGCGCCAAGCGUCACUGUCACUACCAUCGCAAGCAGAAAAUCGUGAACUACUAUAUAGCCUUAACAUAACCUAAAAAUUACUGGAAUCGUGUUUCCGUUCGUCAUAGCAAAAUAUUUAUAUAUCUUCAGUCUAUUUUAUUUAAUUUCAAGAAUUUCGUGAGUGUAAAGUACAGUUUGGUGUUGUGAUUUGACAACAAAACAAACCUCGUCAACGCGAAUACGAAAUAAGGGUAAAAAAAUGACGUCGGCGCCUCGAGCAAUGGACCCCGAAUUGAAAAAAGCAUUUACCGAAUUGCAAGAAAAGAUGGUCGAUACAUCGCAAAAAUUGAAAUUUUCGGACAUACAAAUAGAGUCCCUAAAACGAUCGAAACAACGAGCCGAAUUAACGAUCAAAGAGAUGGCAACCUUGGAACCGAGUACGAGAACUUAUGAGUCGGUUGGUCGAAUGUUUCUUCUCGACGACAUCAAGAGCAUCAAAGCCGAUCUAGAGACGAGGAUCAAAACUGCAGACGAAAAAAUUAAAACUCUCGAUAACAACAAAAGUUACUUGCAGCGGAAUCUCAAGGAGAGCGAGGAUAAUCUUCGAGAAAUGGUACAACAACGUCAGGGCAGAGCAACUACUUCUGGCUAAGCACACCCUCCACAUUGCCUUAUACGGCAAUGAACAUCGAUCGCCUCAACGUUUUUUUGUCCACCAUCACAAUUUUUCCUUGUACGAUUAACACUGUCACAAAUACAUUGUUCUUUCAUUGUUA